AUGUUGCACUUAACGCUUCUGACAUUGACUAUUCUUGCGUUUCCUGGGCUUACGGAUGCCCUUUUUAAAGAGUUAGAUGAGAAUUCAGAUCCAAUCACCGAAUCUAUCUUUGACUUGAUGGCUACUGUUUUAAUUGCGUCAAUCAUAACUGUUGAUGUCAAACGUAUAUCUGAUGAAAAGAAGUUUCUACAGAAAUUGUUUUUGUAUAUUUCCUACGGUCUCAGCUAUUUUUUGAGUAUUCCAUUACAAAUUUGGUUUAUGGUCAAAGCCUACCGUAGAACCAGAGACCGUUUUUUUUACGUCUAUCUUGUGAUAACGUUUUUACAAGAUAUCACUUUCUUUAUUUUUAUAUUUAUGAUGCGUUGCACGAGUUUGCAAAAAAAGUAUAUAGCUCUAUUACCCUCUCUUUUACAACUUUUAACUGUAUUUGCAAAAGAAUUGAUUUUCCUUUUCUUGGCGGUAAGAAGACGUUACGUGAACCCGUCGGCGUAUUGGUUCGUGCUUGGACCCAUUUUUUUGGCUUUUUUCAUUGGAAUUACGCUGUAUCUGUACGCUAUUAAACGUUCAAAAGAACUAAAUAGCGAGGAACUGUACGAAGAGCAUGGCUUUAAGGAAUUGAUUAAUAUGGAAGAGGCUGAUCGGAAUGAAGUUCUGAAGAGGACAUUAUCUAACUUUAUGAAAAUUCGCAAAAUAACGGCGAAAAAAUUUCGAAGAGCAUCUUGGAUUAUUGGAUUCUGCCUUGCAUUAACUUUUUGCUUAAUUAUGGCGCCUUCUGUUCUUUGGGCAAAAGCUUAUAUUAUGCUGCGAUUUGUGUGCUUUACAACGAAUGAUAUUGAAGUAAAAUUGCAAGAAAUAAUUGAUGAGGAAGAUCAAAAUAAUAGCAAUUCACAGUGA